AUGGCGAUCGCGAUCUCGCAGGAGGCCUUCGACUCCAUGGUCCGGGAGAACAUGGAGGACCUCGGCAUGGACCCCGAUGAGGCCCUCGCCGACGCCGUUGAGGCGCUCUCCCUCCAGGGCGCCGAUCUCUCCGGGAUCAUUAAGCGCGUGCCAGGAGAGGCCACCGCGGCGGAGGUGAGCCCGGUGGUGCGGGUUCUGGACGAGCUGAAGGCCUCUCACAGUGCCAGCGGCGGGUCGGAGCAGGAUCUCGACGGACUCGUCUCUCUGCUUGAUGAGUUGCGCGGCCUGUGCAGCUCCGGCGAGGGUUCAGAGAAUGCAGGGAUCGCGGUACGGAAUGGCGUCGUGGAGGCGCUCGUUGCCCUGUGCGCGUCCGCUCGGGUUCAGCAGGAGAGGUUGCUUGCAUCGGCCUUGAAGACGCUGAGCUCCGUGCUCCGUGAUGUGGCAAGCACUGAAAAGUUCAGACAAAGUGAGGGACCCAAAAUUGUCAUGGAUCUCUUGAAAGGAGGCUCAGAAAAUUCAGAUUUAUUGGAUGCUGGAUUUAGUGUUGUGGCAGCGGGUUCUGCUGGCAAUGAAGUUGUGAAAGAGUCCUUUAUGGACCUGAAAGUUGAUGAACUCAUUCUGCGGGUUAUGAAGGAUAAAUCAAAAGCUAAUGUGCAAAGCUUGUACGAUGCCAUACGUGUUCUGUUGACGCCUGAUGAUAACCGAGUGGUGGCUUCUCAGGUAUAUGGAUACUCCCGGAGAUUUGCUGAAAUCGGGGUUGCAGAAGUUCUUGUCAAUGCACUUCGUGAGCAAGUCGCUCCUUCCAGCUUGCCAUCUGCUUGUGCUGCUUUAAAGUCGAUUGCAGUCAAUGAUGAAAUAUGUCGUUCCAUAUCUGAAAGUGGUGGAAUCGAUGUGCUUCUUCAAUGCAUUGAUGGGGCUGGUGAGCAGAAGAACAAAGUUAUAGCAAGAUCUUGCUGCUCUUUGUUGUCCAAGCUUGCUGCAAGCGAUGCAAACAAGUCUGUUAUCAUUCAGCAAGGUGGUUUCGAUAGGUUCCUAAAGUUGACAUCCAGAUUUUCUGAAGAUCCUGCUAUAAUUCAAGAGGUUAUGUCUAUGGUGACGGUCCUCACACUGAGGUCACCAGAAAAUGCAGCACGUGCAAUGGAAGUAGGCUAUGGAACUCUGGCAAUACAGUCAAUGGAAAGGUUCCCCUCCUCCGGCCAGACUCAGAAGCAAGCAUGCCUUAUGAUUCGCAAUCUUAUUGUCCGAAACCCUGAGAACAGGACCAUCCUGCUUAAUGAUGGUGCAGAAAAGCUUAUUAGAAAGGCCAAGGCGCUGCACGGAAGCUGUAAAGAUGCUGCCUCGUCUGCCUUGAGGGACCUGGGCCUGGACAACUACAAUGCAUAG